CCAUUUCUUUCUCCAAAAAUAAUAUAUUUUCACACUGUUUCUUCUCCUCUCUAGUUUCUACAAACAAGAAAAAAAUGGACAGUGCAACAAAAAGAGGGCCUUUUUGUUAUACUGCUUUACAAAGGAAGAGUAGCCUCACAAGUCUUUCUUCUUCUUCUUCAAUGUCAUCUCCAAGAUUUGCUGGUGGAAGAAAGUACUAUGAUACUACUAGAUUUCAACAACCCCAUUUCUUGGAUGCUUGUUUUCUUUGUAACAAACCACUUGGUUAUAACAGAGACAUUUUCAUGUACAGAGGGGAUACUCCAUUCUGUAGUGAAGAAUGCAGACAAGAACAGAUAGAUAUGGAUGAAGCAAAAGAGAAAAAAAUAAAUCUUUCAGCAUCCAAGGCUUUGAGAGAAAAGGACCAGACUACUUCUCCCAAAAAUUACCAUUUCCCCAGAGGCACAGUUGCUGCUGCUUGAGUCAAUAAACCCAAAAAUAUAUUACUACUCUACUUACUAUAUAUAUAUAUAUAUACACUACUACUAAAAGCCUCAUUAAAGAAAAUGAGAUGAACAAGUAGA